GUACAGAUAUCAGUCAUGGGUUAGCUUGUGGUCCUUCGGGGUCAUGAGCACCGUGUAGCAUUCCGGUUCAGAAAAUCGGGUUGUUACAUGGCAGAGCUUGGAAACGAGGGUACUUGUUCUAUAGACCGCCUGGUACUGGAAAGUCGAGCUUAGUUGCAGCUAUGGCUAAUUACCUUAAUUUUGAUGUUAAUAACUUGGAUCUAAGAGAGGUGCAGUGCAAUUCGGAUUUGAGAAGGUUGUUGAUCGGUUCAGCAAAUCGCUCUUUACUUGUGAUCGAAGACAUUGAUUGCAAUGUGGGGUUAAAGAAUAGGGAAAAUGAGAAUGACACAACUGAAGAUGACAAGAUUACACUCUCUGGGCUGUUGAACUUCAUUGAUGGCUUGUGGUCGAGUUGUGGGGAUGAACGAAUCAUUGUGUUCACAACGAAUCACAAGGACAGACUUGAUCCAGCAUUGUUGAGACCUGGACGUAUGGAUGUGCACAUUGAGAUGUCAUACUGCACUUUCAGUGGUUUCAGAGUACUUGCAUCUAAUUACCUAAAUGUAGACGAGCAUAGGCUGUUUAAGGCAAUUGAAGAUCUGUUCCGGAGAGUUAAGGUAACACCAGCUGAAGUAGCAGGAGAGCUGAUGAAGAGCAACAACGCCAACGUUGCACUAGAAGGCCUCGUCAAAUUCCUUCAAAACAAGGAACGUGAGGUUAUGACAAGAAGCUAAACAACAUUGCUGACU